AUGGUCACAACAUCCGGCUUCACACACGCACCCGUGUCGCGGUUCCUGAUCCUGUGCUCCGUCGGGGCGUCGAUCCUCACGUCGAUUCUGGACAUCAAGCACCUCCUCGCGAUCAAACCCUCGCCGCACCUCUGGCCGUACCUGCAACUCUCUCGCGCGCUGACGUUCCAGCUGUCCUACACGUCGUCGACGGAACUCCUCUUCUCCACGGCGCUGCUGUACCACUUCCGCGUCCUCGAACGGGUCUGGGGAAGUCGGAAGUACGCCAGCUUCGUCGCCGUCGCGUUCGCGCUCAACGUGCUCGUCCUGCCGGGUCUGACCGUCCUCCUCAAAACCGCGAGCUUCGGCGUCUACAACUACCUUCCGGCCGGGCCGGUGGCGGUGGUCUUUGCCGCCCUGAGCGCGUGGGCGGACGAGGUCCCUCGCCUGUACCGCUACAAGAUUGUCCUCGCGGGGGGCACCGAGACCGAAGCGGAAACCACCGCGAGGUCGUCACAAGGUGCGGCCGGCGCGGGCGGAGCGGGCGGUACCAACGGCGUGGUUCUAAGCGACAAGAGCACGACGUAUGUUCUCGCGGCGCAGUUGGCGCUGAGCCAGUUCCCCUACCAGCUCCUGCCGGCCGCGGUGGGCUGGACCGUGGGGAGCGCGUGGAUGGGCGAGCUCCUGCCCGCUGGCCUCGCGCGGUGGCGGGUGCCGGCGUGGGUGGUCGGGGAGACCAGCCCUCGCAAAGAGCGCGGCCAGUAUGAAGGCCUGCGAAGACGGUUGGAAGAAGAGGGUAGCUCGGCGGACGGCAUGAGGAACGUGAGUGACAAUGCCCAUGACACGCACACUCAGGAUGAGAGGAGGGGGUUUGGGAGGCAGGUCCUGGGAUAUUUCACGGGAUCUUGA